AUGGCGCCCUCUGCGUCAGUCAACGUUCCCACCAACACCAAGAUCAAGGAGCAGGAUGUCAACAACAAGCUCCAGCUCUAUGGAAUCUUCUCUGCCUUCUCCAAUGGCAAGGUUCCAUCAAACAAGCAGAUUGAUAUUGCUAUGAACAGCGCUCUCGCAUCGCGACCAAUCUCAAACCCUUCCAAGAAGCUCUCGGCUGAGGGUCAGAAGCUCGUUGGCGACUUGCGCGAGGUUAUUGAGCAGGCCAAGCUCCUGCUCCUGACCAAGAACGAGGGCAACCUCCUCCAGGACUUCAUUUGGCAAACUCAGCAGAUCUCCGGCGCCGAUGCUGGCACCCCUAACGCCCCUGUCGAUAAGGACACCGCCAAGCAGCACGGUAACGAGGCCCUUGAUGGCCUUCGCACCCUCGGCACGCUCAUCCUGUCCAACGGUCAAUUCCGCAAGCUCUUGAGUGAUGCCAGCAUUCUCUUCAGAGACAUGGCUGGCGAUGCCGCUCAGAAGGCCGCCAACAAGGUCAACCCUUCAGAAGAUGAACUCAACCAGAUCGAUGAGCCCGCCGAAGACAACACUUGGCACGAUGUCCCUGACCUUUCCAAGGAUAACCUCAAGAACCAGGCUAAGGCCAAGUACAACGAGCAGAAGCCCUUCAGCAGAGACGAGGCCAAGGGUGCUCUUGGUGACGCCACUCAAGCUGCUCACCCCAGCGGCUCUCGUGACCCUGCCGAUGCUGCCGACCUUGCCCGCCGCGAUCAGCAACAGGGCGGCAACUCUGGUGUUGAUGCCACCAAGGGUGCCAUGGAGGGUGCUGACAGUCUUCAGCAGAAGGCUCGUGAGAACGUUCCCCAAGAGACCCAGGAUCGUGCUCGCGAGACCAGAGAGCGCACCAACAACUACUUGAAGGAGAAGCUUCCCAAGGAGCGCCGCGAGCAGGGCAUUUACCGCCUGAAGAAGAUGAUCGUCGAGAUCCAGGGCCAUCAGGACUACCACGAGGCCAUUGAUACCCUCUUGCGCCUUGCUGAGCAGUACUCCGGCCACACUAAGAACCUGGCCAACCAGAGCCAGGGAACCGUUAAAGGUGCCCACAAGGACGACAGUCUGCAGAUGGCUGAAGCUGACCUCAAGACCCUCAUCGAGCGCUUCGCCAACGGCACCUCCCUCGACGACAUGUUCGACUCUAUCAACGUCAUCUACCGCGAUGCGGACAACGACCCUGAGCUCAAGGGUUGGUUCACUCACAUGAACAAGUACAUUCGCAAGUGUCUCAAGGAGCAGGGCUACGUUCUUCAGGACGAGUCCACCGAGGAGUGGAACAAGCUCUACGACCAGGGCGAGUUCCUCCUCCGCGACCGCUACCGCAACCACACCGACAGAAUUGCCGAUGAGUUCCAAUUCUACAUUGACCAGUUCAACCAGGACAAGCAGAACGUUGCCUUCGGCGAUGCUGUUCAGAAGCUCUUCCUCGACCUUGGUCAGAACGAGAACGGAGAGGCUGAGUUCAAGCCUCAUCUUGUCAAGGACUUGACCGAUGUCAUUCUCCCCGGUAUCUUCGAGUCCAUUCGUUACGUUCCUAUUCCUCGUAUCGAGUACUCUGAUCCCAUGAUGGAUGCCAUUGUCGAGAACCUCGUUCUCGAGGGUGACAACCUCGCUCCUAACGUCUUGGAGUUUGGCAGCGACAAUUACUGGCGCUGGGGCCGCAAGUCCAUCACCAGCAAGAACAAGAACAAGGUCAUGCUUUCCGUCUCUGGCGUCCAGUGCGACCUUCGCGAUGUCAGCUACUACAUCAAGAAGAAGGAGGGCUUCCCCGGUAUUACUGAUAAGGGUGUCAUGGAUAUCUUCCUUGGUGGUACUGGUCUGAGCUUCAAGGUCGCUAUGGAGACUGCAGACAAGACUGACAGCAAGCACUUCUUCAAGGUCAACACUGUUCACGUUGACAUCAAGAACAUGAACAUCAAGCUGAAGCAGUCCAACCACAAGCUUCUCUUCAACAUCUUCAAGCCUCUUCUUCUUAAGGUCAUGCGUCCUGCCAUUCAGAAGGUCGCUGAGAAGCAGAUUCGCGACAACAUCCACCAGCUCGAUGAGAUACUCUACGGUAUCCACCAGGAGGCCAAGAAGGCUGAGCAGCAGGCCAAGAACAACCCCGACCCCGAGAAUGUCCAGAACAUCUACCAGCGCUACGCAACCGCUGCCCAGCAAAAGUUCACUAAGGGUAAGCAAAAGAAGGAUGAGGUCGCUGCCGACAAGAAGGUCAACAUGGCUGUCACCCAGCACGACAGCAUCUUCAAGAACAUCUCUCUUCCCGGUGGCAUCAGCACCAAGGCUACUGAGUACAAGGAGCUUGCUGCCAAGGGUGACAAGUGGGAGUCCCCCAUCUUCAGCAUUGGAUCUGCUAAGGAGACCUCCAACUUGCCCAAGAUGGCCGCCAUCACCCGCAAGCCUCACCGUGUCAACAAGGAGGGUAUCCGUGGUCCCAACAACCUCGGCACCAACCAGUACGGCGCCGGAUUCGACGGCUCUUCUGACACUGGUCCUAGCGGUGGUUUCAACAGUUCGAGCAACACUGGUUACGGCUCCCAGACCACCGGCUACCACGGCGGUUCCAACACUGCUGGCUUGACCGGCCAGGUCCCCGUUCGCAGCGGCAACACCGGUUCAUCUCACUACGGUGCUGGUGAGGGCCCCCUAGGCUCCACUGGUGCUAGCAACUUUGGAGGUGAGGUUGACCGUGCCUUCCAGGAGACCACCACUGGAUCCACUGCUGGAACCACCGGCACUGCCACUGGUGUCCAGGGUGAUGAUGGCAAGCACACCUUCUUUGGCAAGAACAACCCAGUCUUCCAGGGUCAGGUUUAA